AUGCACUGGACUUCAGCAAUUGUGUUCCCGGCGCUGUUGGCGCUUAGUGCAGCGCAGCAGCAGCGCCCCCUUUCAGAGGCCAAUCAUCAUUCUGGCUCAUCGCAGCAUGCCAGCGCAGACGCUCCAUCUUAUCGGGGCGAGGUGCUCCAGCUCCUUGAGUCACUGGUUUCCAUUCCAUCUAUCAGUGGCGAAGAGAACGAGAUUGGCGGCUUUCUUGUUGAUUACCUGAAGCAACAAGGCUACCAGGUCGACAUUCAAUUCGUCCCUCCGCCAAAGGACAAGCCUGAUGUGCCCGAUAGAUUCAAUAUCUUGGCAUGGAAUGGAGAUCGCAAGUCUAACUACAAGACGCUGGUGACGAGCCAUAUUGACACGGUCCCUCCUCAUAUUCCAUGGGAAAUCGAGAGUGGAGAGAUUUCCAAAGAUACCGUCAUUAAGGGCCGUGGAACAACUGAUGCCAAAGGCAGCGUUACUGCCCAGCUUGUGGCGGUGAACCACCUACUUUCGACGAAUAAGGAUGUUAACCCUGAGGAUAUAAUUCUGCUCUUUGUUGUUUCGGAGGAGACAUCUGGCGAGGGAAUGAGAGCCUUUAGCGAUUCGCUCCGGCAUAUGAACCCCCCUCUUUCUUUCGACUCUGCCAUCUUUGGCGAGCCCACCGAGAACAAGCUGGCCUGUGGCCACAAGGGCGCUCUCUUCUGCACUGCCGAGGCCAAGGGCAAGGAUGCCCACAGUGGCUAUCCCGAGCUGGGCAAGUCAGCCAACGAGCUGAUGAUCAAAGCUAUGAACAAGAUCUUUGAGACAGAUCUGGGUUAUAGCCCUCUCUUUGGCAAGACAACAUUCAACGUCGGCCGAUUUGACGGCGGUGUGGCUUCUAACGUGGUUCCUGCGAGGGCCUGGGUAGACAUUUCGGCCCGUGUUGCUGUUGGGUCGGAGAAGGAGGGCCAAAAUGAUGUGCGGAAGAAGAUUUACGAUAUUCUUCAGGAGACUGACCCCGAAGCUUUCACUCUAAAUUGCUCUCACGGAUAUGGGCCCUAUGAAAGCAACUGUGACGUUGAAGGAUUUGAACAAAUUGUUGUCAACUAUGGAACUGAUAUUCCGAAUCUGGAGGGUGACUAUGUUCGGUAUUUGUAUGGCCCGGGCAGCAUUCUCGUUGCUCACGGUGACCAUGAGUACAUCACCGUUGGCGACUUGGAGAAGGCGGUUGAAGACUACCAGAAGCUAAUCCUUCACGCCCUGGGCCAAUAA